GCGGAUUAUGGUAGCGAUCGUGCGUGAUUGCAUCAGGCACACGAGCUAAGCGAGAAGAACCGAACGAAUGAGGGCCAACGUGUGCUCGUUCGUGUGUCACGUUGUAAACCGUAAUCUUCGCUCGUUGCUCCCGCCUCACGUUGAUCACGGUUUCCAGCGGAAUCUAUUGAUUCGUCGCGGCCAAAUUUUACAGGCUUAUCGCUAUAGCAUCAUGCCGCGUUCCAUGGAGCAGAUGCUCUACAUGCAAAGAAUGAGGCAGAAAAUAAAAGAAAAGUCGACAAAGUAUGUCAGCAAUGCAAAAGUGUCGUUGCAGAUUAUAGGUAGCGGGGCUUAUGGCACGCCAAGAUGCGUCUACCUGACGACAGGCCACACCAGGUAUGUCUUCAACUGUGGCGAGGGCACGCAGAGAUUGGCAUAUGAACACAAAUACAAACUGAUCAAGCUGGAGCAUAUAUUCGUAACAUCGGCAACUUGGAAUAAUUUAGGUGGCACGCCGGGAAUGCUCCUGACGCUACAGGAUGUUGGAGUACCACGGAUUUAUAUACAUGGUCCCAAAGGGAUGAUGGAUAUAUUCAACACGAUUAAGAAAAUUGUGUUGCUGCAAGCUCUAAAGAUCAAUGAAGCCAAAUGCAAUGAGUCAGAAUCAUACGUGGAUCCACUGAUGACUGUUUCAUAUGUUAUCAUUACGAAAUCAAACAAGCAGGAAGCAGAGUCCAUUGCUGUAGGAGAAGAGGUGGUCGACGACAUUAAUUACUGUGAUUAUAAGACUAACUCAAAUGGCAAGCGAACAUAUGAUAAGAUAGCAGAGACUGAGCCAAAAGUACAGAGGAUAGACCCAAAGCCCAACGAGAGGAGAAUAUCAACCGUGAUGUCGUACAUUUGUAAAUUGCAUCCUCGAAAAGGUACAUUAUCUUUAGAAAAAUGUAGAGAGAAGGGUGUGACACCUGGUCCUUUACUUGGGCAGCUCAAAGCUGGCAUGGAUAUUACUCUUCCUGAUGGUACAGUUGUUUUGAGCAAGGACGUUUGCUCUCCAGAAACACCAGGCCCUACUUUUAUAGUUGUUGAAUGUCCAUCGGAAGAUUAUUUAGAAUCCUUCGUGAACCAUUCUGCCUUCGCGCGGCAUCAAACGGAUGUAGCGAAAGAUGGCGACGUUCCAUGCUGCAUCAUUCAUUUUACCCCUCAAAAAGUGAUGGACAAUUCUCGCUAUGUAAAUUGGAUGAAUAAAUUUGGUCUCACUACGCGGCACAUAAUCGUGAACGAGGAGAAUGAGUGCAUGGGUACUGAAGCGGUUCAUAAGCACCAGCACAAGCUCCAUAUGUUGCAUCCUGAGAUAUUUCCUUUUUUAAAUGAAGAAAGCUUUCAAAAGAAGACAAGGGCGGGAGAUUUGCCCAUCAUACAUCGGCCCCGAACGCAUCACACACUCCACCUACAGCCGCAGCUGAAAUUCGAUACGGAACACGAAGUAUCGCUGCAUCCGCAGGAAUACGUAGACGAGGUUUUCAAGAUCGAUGGUAUUUUAGACGCGUUGGCGGAACUACAAACGAACAUCAACGCUCGAACGAAGAUGCUGCCUGUCGGUAAUGAAUAUCCAAAGAUUGUCAUGUUAGGUACCGGCUCUAGCAUACCAAAUAAAGUCAGAAACACGAGCGGCAUACUUUUGCGAGUUGACGAGGAUCAUAGCAUGUUGCUGGAUUGCGGUGAAGGCACGUUCGGGCAGAUAGUGAAAAUCUAUGGAAAGUCCGAAACGCCCAAUGUCAUAAAAACGAUCAAGGCAGUCUACAUAUCGCACAUGCAUGCGGAUCAUCAUAUCGGAUUGAUUGGCCUAUUGAAGGAAAGAAAAAAAGUCACGCAGGAACCUUUGUAUUUGUUCGCGCCGGGACACAUCGCCGCGUGGUUGCAAAUGUAUCAUAAAUGUUUCGAGCCUAUUUUAUAUCAAAUCAAGCUAAUUUCGAACAGCGAGUUCUUCAUGAAUGUACACCAACCGGAAGAAUACAAAUACCAACCUAUGUACAAGGCGCUGAACGUACAAGCCGUGAAAACAGUAUAUGUCAAGCAUUGUCCUUAUUCUUUUGGCGUUUCCGUGACACUUCAUAAUGGAAAGAAAAUAGUAUAUAGUGGUGACACUAUGCCUUGCGAGAAUCUUGUGAAACUUGGUCAAGAUUGUGAUCUACUCAUUCAUGAAGCGACAAUGGAGGACAAGUUGAUAAAAGAAGCGAAAUUAAAACUUCAUUCGACAGUCUCGGAGGCCAUACAGAUAGGCGAACAGAUGAGGUCAAAAUUUACAUUAUUGACACAUUUCAGUCAGCGCUACUCUGUCAUUCCUCAUUUGCCUCAUUUGGAUAAGAACGGCCCUAAAUUAGAUAAUGUCGGCAUCGCGUACGACAAUAUGCAAAUCAGCCUCUCACAAUUACCGUUGUUGCCUUUGAUGUACCCGACAUUAAAGAUAAUGUUUAACAAAUAUUAUCUGGAAAUAGAAGACCGAGCUGCUAAAAGACAGCGAAUGGCGGCUGAUUAAUUGUAAAUAUUUUAUAUGCUAAUGUAAAUUAUGACAUUACAACUUCCGCCUUAUACCGACAUAGCUUUUCUUUGAAGGGUCAACUUUUUUAUAAAAUAAACAUUUAAUGAAUGUUUUGCAUAUAUAGUGAGAUGAAUUUAACUAACCGUUAAAAUUUUGUCUUUAAUCUUUUAAGUUUUGUGUAAAGUAAACCGAUCUAUAAAUAAAAAAUAGUUCUCUUCUCUAAA